AUGAAGCAACUUGUUGCAUCCCUGUUGCGGAUCAUCACGGCGGCGGAAUCCAAGCGCAGCUUGAGUUUGUGCAGCUCGGUGCAGUCUGAACUGGAGAGCCAUGAGUCCCUGGAGCCUGAACACACACUGCCUGUCCUGACACACCACAGCCAGCUGCUGGGCGAAGAUCACCUGCUCAAGGUGACCCACUGCUCCUGUCAGAGAGGCAGGCCCCAACUUGCUUCUCACAUGCCUCCAAAGACCCAGGGGAACACAGCUAACCUGGACAGCCCAGCGCUGCUGGUCGUCAAAGACAUGUUCACAAAGGUGUUUGGGGCUUUCUGCUCAGAUCUGUUCAGCAGUAAAUAUUUCUACGGCACAGGCCAGACCUUCUUGUUCAGCUUCGGUCCUGAUUUCCAGCAAUACAAGUGGAGUGGAGAGAACUCCUACUCUGUGAGUGGCAGCAGGGAACCUCUGCAGAUUGGUGCAGGAGGGGGCGGAUUUGCCCUCUGGCUGGACGCAGAUUUGUGCCGUGGUGCGAGCUUUUCCUUCCCCACCUUCCACAACGCUCCUCUAUCCACGCACGAGGACUUCAACGUUCUGGACAUCGAAGUUUGGACCGUGCAGGGACUGAAUGGCAGCGUCAAGCAAACCAGGUUUCUUCUCUGAGGCUGCGAUGCCUCAAAACCCAACCAGAGUGGAGCAUCAGCUCUCUCCACUGCACCUGCAUGAGAGCAUCCCACAUGUUGCACAAAGCCUAAGAGACUGGUUCUGCGGACCGGUUCUGCGAGUUCGUACUCUGGUCGGUUGAAAUGCGACUCCUAGAGACUAGAGGAAACAUGAAAAGCUCAUUGCGAAACUGGCGGAGGAGCCGUUAAAAGCUUUGUCCUGUUGUGGCCAGCUUUGAUUGUGUCACGCAACACGAGGUGUCUUGUGAAAGUCUUUUAACAUUUUCUAUUUAUUUUCACUUAACGGGAAUGACUUCAUUACUCGUAGGUUUAAAAUGCACUUGCAGGAGAGAACAGUUGCAGAACAGUAUUUGCUUGUGGCCUUAAGUGAAAUGAUUAAUUUUAUGAUGCAGACACUGUAAUAGGAGAGGAGGUAAAUCUGUGCAUCUGCGCUAAACCAGUGAAAAACCAGUGAAAAAACCCAAAAAGCACAAUAAAACUGUUAUGACUAGAGACUGAGGCACAAAACUUAAGAGUUAAUGGCCACUGCUCUUCUCCUAAAUGCCCUUUGUUCGUUUAAGGAUUCCUUUUAGGGAAAUACGUAUUUUGCACAUUUUUGCAAUGUUUUAAUUUUUAAAUACAUGUGUAUACAUCUAUUUUUUCUUUCUUUUUUAAAAAUGCACUUAAGCAAGCAAGCUCUUUCGAGUGUCUUUCUGGUUGUUUUUACUUGAAUGUUUACAUGUCAGAUGAGGUGGUGCUGACACUGUCACUGUUAAAGUCUAAAUAAAUGAAAACGUAGUUCUAUUUACUGUUAA